AUGUUGUUAUCCGAUAUUCCUCCACAACAACAACAACAGAAAGAGAAUGGUUCUGAUUCAAUAUUUUCAGCAGACGAAUUUGUAUCGGCAUAUUGCUUUAUAUCGCAUGAUAAGGUAAAUUUAAUUCCUGUAACAACAGAUAAUGUGGAUGAUGAAGAUGAGGAUGGUAGGCACAACGGGAAUAAUAUCACAGCCCCACAUAUUACUAUCAAUGAUCUUCAUCAUGAAACUAUUAAAGAUCAUGCUGAUUUUACUCCCGAUAAACUAUACUUGAAAAAUAAAAACUUACUUUAUAGUCUCAAUAAUCCAUCAAUUUCUGACGUUGAAGUAGAAAAUAGCAACAGCAACAACAACAACACCACCACCAAUGGUUCUAGUAUACCGUCAACAUCAAAAGAUUCAUAUUCACCUUCUCCAUCAUCAUCACCACUGUCAUCUUCCCUAUCAACUCCUUCAUUGAAUAACAACACCAAUAAAAAGACUCCAGUUGUGGUUGCUCCAUCAAUUUUUUUACCGAAAUUAAUUAUCAAUUUGGCUGAUAAUUUAAACAAUGAUUUUAAAGAAUUGAAACAACUUUUAAUUAAAAUAUUUCCUGCAUGGGAUAAUGUUGAUAAUAUAAGUUUAAAUCAAUUAACUGGUGGUAUUACAAAUAUGUUAUUAUCAUGUGAGUAUAGUGGAAAUGAAACCACUAAAAAUAAAGACGGUGAUUCUGAACCGGUGUUGAUAAGAGUUUAUGGUCAUGGAACAAAUUUAAUUAUUGAUAGACAUCGAGAAUUUAUAUCACAUUUGAUAUUAAAUUCUAUUGGGUUAGCACCACCAGUUUUCGCCAGAUUUAAAAACGGGUUAGUUUAUGGAUAUUUAGAUGGCAGGUCUUUAAAGCCUGAGGAAAUGAGCCAAAAUAGUUUAUACCCGUUGAUUGCUCAACAAUUGGGAAAUCUACAUAAUAAAGUUGAUUACAAAUUGAUUGAACAAGGUAUUGAGAAAAUAAGAGCUUUGAAACUUGGAAGAAGACGGAGAAGAUCAUCAUCAGCCUCUAUAACAUUCAAAAAGAAACAUCAUCAUAAUUCAUCAAGUAGUGUUAGUAAUAGUAGUGCCAAGAAGAAAUUUAUUUCUAAUAUUUGGGAAUUAUUGGAUGAUUGGAUCAAUAUUGUUCCAAUAAAUCCUGAUUUGAUUGAAUCUUUCCAACAAAACUUAUCUAAACAUUCGUCAAAAAAUGAUGAUAUUAUUAUUAUUGAUCAAGACAAUUUAAAAGACAUUAUUAAACAAGAAUUUGAAUGGUUACAUAAUGAAUUAACAAAAUCAAUAAAUUCUCCAAUAGUUUCAUCACAUUGUGAUUUAUUAUCAGGGAAUAUCAUUAUUCCUCAAAAUUUUAAAUUUGAUGAUAAACAAACCUUGUCAUCUUCAUUACCAAGUAUUGAAAAUAAUCCUAUAAAAUUCAUUGAUUAUGAAUAUAUGUUACCCGCUCCUCGUGCAUUUGAUAUUGCUAAUCAUUUGGCGGAAUGGCAAGGUUUUAAUUGUGAUCGAUCGGCUAUUCCAGAACCAUCCAAAUCAAACCCAGUAUUAAUCAAUUGGUGUCGUGGUUAUUUAAAUGAUAUGAAUGCAUCACAGGAAAUAGUGGAACAAUUAAUUGAUGAAAUAAAAGCAUAUUAUGGAUUACCAGGAUUUUAUUGGGGGAUUUGGGCUAUGAUUCAAAGUGAAUUAUCAAAUAUUGAUUUCAAUUAUCUGAAUUAUGGGAAAUUAAGAUUAGAAGAAUAUUGGCAAUGGAAACAUGAUUAUCUAAAGACUAAAUAA